UUUGAAUGUUUUAGAUGGUGUAAAAGUUAAGUGCAAUAUGACAGAAUUUCUCAAGAAAUUGUAUCCAAAUUAUUGGGAUUCCAGUUUGUCCAAUCAACUUGRCAACACAGUAUGUAUGGUAAUAAGUGCAACCAACAAGAAAUACACAAAUUUUACCAGGAAGAAAUGUUGCAACCUUCGAAGAUCAUACAAGUUUUCUCCCAUUGAAAUUCUAAGCCUCACAACUCCAGCCAAAGGACAGAUCAAUAUAACAUGGAGAAGUCCAUCUGAUAUGGAUGACAGUACAAAAGGGUUUACAGAGUACAUCUUUUAUUUAUCAAUGAUUGACACUGAUAUUAACCAGACAAUAAAGGUCUUCCCAAGCAAGCCAAAAGCAUCUAUUUUCUUCCACAUUAUUGAAGACCUUCAGCCAUACACAAAGUAUAGGUUGACUGGUGCAGUUUUCUUUGAAAAUCAAGAUAUUGGAAUUCAGAGUAAACCAGUGGAUGUGCGCACUUUACCAGAAGCUCCGAGUGCUCCUCCAAUAAUUGUAGAAAAUCAAGUCAUGUCACAAAGCGAAAAAACGAGAACUGUUGCAGUGAAAUGGACGCAUCCUGAAAAACAAAAGCGUAAUGGCAUCAUUAUGCAAACAGUGAUGGAGUACGAAAAACAGACUGACAAUAUCAAUGAGACCUUGACUUACUAUGUCAAGCGCAUUGUAAAUGGAAAUUGGACAAAUGCUACAAUUACAGACUUGAUUAAAGAUGCUGAUUACAUUUUGACAUUGCAAUCAUGCACUACUGCUGUUGAUUGCAGUGUUCGCUCUCAACAAAUCACUUUGAAAGGGAUUGGUACAUUAAUGGAUCAACAGCCAUCUCGCCGCAGCAGCCAUUUCACAAGUUCCACUGUAUUUAUCGUGAUUAUYGUGGUAGUUAUUUCGGUAUUGUGUUUUGGAUUUCUUUUAUACCUGGUGUGUUACUUUAAACGCAGGAAUCGAAGGGAAGAUGCUGUUGCUGAGUUUCCAUCACUAGAUCCAUUGCAAGAAGAUAUUACGGUUCUUCCUGGUGAUCAGASCCCAGAUAUUGAAGAGAGACGUCCAGAUGCAAACAAUACMAACUACUCUGAACUACAACAAUUGAAUCCUGAAAAGAUAGCAGGGCACGAUCAAGCAGCAAUACUGCAAGCUGAUGAMAGUGCCUACAUGUGUCUGGUAUCAAACAGCAACAAAGAAAGCCAGGAAGAGAUUCCUCUUUGUUGAAAAAGAAGUUUACUUUCAAUAACUGUUCAGAGGUAGAUCCAAGAUGUUCACAGAAUGGUCCACAGCAGUCUGGACAUUCUUAGUUGUUUYGCAAGGGGAGUUCCAGCUUUGGGUUUAAACCAAACAAGCUGUUGGACAAGUUUAUAUUAUAUAAACAUGUUUCUCAAAGAAGACUCAUCAAAGAAKUUGUCUGGCAAGAAARUGAAGGUAUAGAACUCCCUUCAAAUGCCCCUGGGAAGGGCAUAUCACUUGUCCACAAUGGACAUAAUAUAGAUACGUCAUGGACAAAGRUCAUCWUGAGUUUAGGAUGCACUGCUGGUCUUGCACCAACCACUGGAUCCAGUCAAGAAAAAAAUUGAUUAUAUUUAUCAAUAUAUGUUAUUUUAUACAGGAUAAAUCAAAGGCAUGAAAUAACCAAUGAAAUAAAAUCCAGUUUGCCUUAGGAAAAAUAAGUCAAGUAGAUUCAGAAGAAAAUAUUUCUUUAAUUUAUUUUAUUCAAAAAGUCUGUUAAGAUAYUCUAAUUUUAUAAUUUACAAUGGACUUCAUUGCCUUUCAGAUUUAUUUUCAUACAAUCAUAUGAUUAUAAUACUGGCAAAAAGAAGUGAUUGAAAMAUAUUAGCAAAGCCUGCCAGUUGUAAAAAACUUAAUGCAUAAAAAAUAUGCAUAAAAAUCUGUAGUAUGAAUAUCAUUGCUGUCUUAGCCAGUCAUGUGUUACCAAAACUAUUGCCCUAUUAGUCCCAGUACUGCAAAUACACAUUAAUUAUAUUUAUUGAAAUUAUCAUUUUAUUGAAGACUUUUAUUUGAGUAUUUUCAAGAGUUUACAUGCUUUUUUAAACCACUUAUCUCCCCUUAUAUAAAUAACGCUCUUGUGUCAACAUAUAUAUAUAAUAUAACUUACUUAUCUCCCCUUAUAUAAAUAACGCUCUUGUGUCAACAUAUAUAUAUAAUAUAUAACUUACUGUACAGCAUUCUGCAAAAAAUUCUUUAAAAGUCAACAAUAUAAUAUAUACAUAUAGGGUGUAUUGUGGGUAAUUCUAAACCUUCCCAUGUAUGAAAUGUAAUAUAAGAGAAAUAAACCAGCCAUUUAAUUAUGUCUCUUUUCUCUGAUCUGAACACAGCAAGAGGUGGAGAGCACUCAAGAAGGGAAGAGAAACGCCUGCGCUUUUCUUGUGUUCUGUACCACUUCCAAUAUUUGAGUUAAUAUAAUAUAUUAUACAGACAUGGGCUGCGCUUUAUUUUUCUUAAAGACUUUUAAAGACUUUUUGCAAUAGAAUCUACAUAUUGCAUGAUAUAGCUUUGUAACUUUCAAAAAAUGUAAUAAUAGUCAACUUUAGAUAUUUUGGUUCGAUGAAUAUGWACAAAAGAAUACACACAAAGCUCCAGAAAAACAAUGGAUAACCUUGAUUAUUAUUCCUUUAUUUCCUUGGAGCAUCAUCUGCAAUUCUUUUAAAAUAUCUAAAGUCGGCUAUUUGACAUACACGUUUCAAAAAUGUUGACCCAUAAACAAAAAAAUAAAAUUAGCUCAUUGAAAUUUGUGCUCAAGUUAGCUGAGCAAUUUAUUGGCUUUUCUACAUCAAAGGAUAAAAAACCUGCUUUACUUCUUCUAACAUUCUCAUUAUUUCAUAUUAUCACAUGAAAAAACCUAUGUAAUUAAAAUUACUUUUUUUAAUUUCUAUUUUUUAUUUAACUUUGGGUCAAUGUUUUUGCAAAAAGGUGUAAUUAUAUUAUAAUGACAUUCAUUGAGCUUUGAACAUUAAAUACAUAAAUAUAACAGAAACUGAGCAAGCUCAUGGAUAUAUAUAUAUACUACCUAAUUAUCUAUAAUUAAUAAUGUGUAUUUUGACUGUCUCAUGUCUGAUAUAUCAGAUGGUUGCUCAUAAUAGUAAAAAGUGUCUGAUAUUGUUUGAAUAGACAAGCAAGAAUCUGGUAAUUACAACACUAAAACAACAGAUAUUCAAUAUUUAAAAAUAAUCUAAAAAUGAUAAAUAAAACAUCAAUGAAAAUGA